AUGUCGGAUGCAGAGGGCGCUGAUGCGGAAGCAGACUCUGCAGGAGAAGAAAACGAAGGGCCUUUACCUGAACAGAUCAGGGUCUUUCGAGUUACAGCUGUGUCGGGGCCUUGCUUGAAGAGCCCUUGGCUUCCAGAUGUUCAAACCGUUGAGGGUGUCGAAUACAUUCGGCUGACCAAAUGGUCGCCGCAGCUGACAAAACUGUGCACAGGUCGGACAAAGCAGUUGCACAACAAGAAGGAACAGCACACUAUGAAUGUUCAAUGGUUUCAGGACACCACUCAGCUUCGUCGAGAAGCAUGCGACGCAGCUGUGAAAAGGCUUAUCCUCGAGAAUGUACCCGCCAAUACAGAGCCUCCUGCCAAGAUCCGACGAGCAAUUCAGCAGGAUGAGUAUAUGGUGGGCAGAUCUAUCCUUGUGAACAUGCCUGCUAUUUCUGAUGGCUGGCCAGAGCGGGCAAUCAGGUUUCUCUGGGGCGUCAAAGGCUCAGACCUGUUCAUGGAGCUGACUGCUGAUAACCUUUCGUACAUUCGACAGGCCAUCAUGGCAUCACCAAAGGUCGAGCCAAAGGAAGUUUCUGCGGGCAAGUCACCAAAGAGAAAGAAGAGAAGACGGAUGCUUUCGCAGAGUCCCAAGAAGAAUGAACGGAACGGAGGCCAUGAGCUUGAAGCUGCGGCGGCUGAGAGGGAUCCAUGA